AGCACCCCAAUUGUUGAUUUCGUUGCCAUGGAAAAUGCUCGAAUGACAGAAGCAUAUUUAAAUAAAUUCGAAGUACACAUUUGUUAACCAACAGGAAGACGAUUAUUAAAAUGGAUCCCACCAAACUAGUUGGAAGAGUCAAGGAAGUGGUCCGUAUUGAGCACAAAUCGCGCAGAAAUUAUCCACAUAUUUGGAAUGGAAUUGCUGCGAGUGAGACCAACAAAUUCUAUCAUCCAGACGAACUGGAAAAACAGCUGGAGGAAAAACUUAAGAUACUAGAAGAGCCCGAGAGUCAGCGCAAAUCGCGGUUCAUUUCGCCUGAAAUGCAAAAGAAUCUUUUGGAAAACUGCCGCUGUGGGCGACCUAGGCGUGGCAUGCAUAUGGGCAAGUGUCUACAACGAGCCCUUAAUACGAGCUCGAGUGACCAAAAUAUGCCGGCCGAAGAAUCAGAAUCCAAACAACCAACUAUUAUGCCCCAAACCUCAAACUCUCUCAUUGGCUUCAAGACUGCACCCUACCAGAAACUAGAACAAUCUAUGCGGUAUUUAUCGCCCACGAGCUCUAUGCCGGGACCUCGUAUAACUUCCGCACCAUACAACGUCAUUUUUAUAGGCUAACAAAUGUUGUUG